AUGCCACCAGCGUCUAGCGAUGUCAGACCGACGGCCCAAGUGGCCCGAGCUGGCGACGGCGGAAUUCCCGAGUCGCGGCCCGACGUUUUGCAUUUGUUGGCUGCCAGCUCCUCCACCACUGCCGUAGAUGCUGCUAGAUCAUUAUUAGGUUUUUUUUUUGUUUUUUCCUUGUUUGAAAAUUGUUUCUACACUACCUUGAAUAAAUUAGAAUUAUUCGGGUUUUGAAAAGAAAAAUAAAAAAAAAUAACUUCGAACUUCGUUGUCGCAAUGAAAAAACCAUCAAGAGAACUAGUAAUUUUGAGUUUUCUGGAAUUAAGUAAAGCGAGUUAUAAGGAAAGGAGAAGAACGCUUUUUUUGACAUUAUGAUCUUUUUUGCAGCCCGCGGAGCGAAUCCACGCGCGGCAGAAGCCGACGGACUGACGCCUCUUCACGUGGCGUGCGCCUGGGACAACUUGGCCAUGUGCCAGUUGCUGCUCCAUUUCGGCGCCGAGCCUCUCGUUCAGGACGCCCAUGGACGGACGCCCAUGUCCAUGGCCGAAGGCAACACCGGCAAGUGAGGCUUUGAUCAGAGGAGUUUGGACGAAGUGAAAAUGGGAUUUCACUUUUCCAAUUAUCAUGGCAAAAAAGAAGAUUACAGUCGACGUAUGAGUAUUAUAGCGUUUUUCGCACCUUCAUUGAACUUGAAGCUCAGAAAAUGAGCAGUUUUUAUCAAGAUACUAAUAGUCGUUUAUUAGCUAACGCUGCCGAAUAGCUGCCCGGUAGCAAUAGGGAAUGUCAGGUAGAAUAGCAAUGGUAUCCAAAUACCUUCUGAUACCGCCUCUAAGGUAUUUGUAUGGUACCUGUUAGCUAAUAAACGACCCGAUUGAUUUCGAAGUAGGUACCCUGUAGUUACAUUUAUUAUCUCUUCCUGAUCGACCUGUGUUCAAUUCAUUUCCCCCUCCCUAGGUUCCUGCAGCGCUACUUGGCGAGGAACGCAGCAGAACGUCGCGGAGUUCUCCGUCGUCUUUUCGCCUGCCACCUGGGCAGCGGUCAUUCCAGUCCCUACGUCGCCAAGUCGAUCCCUUCCGAAAACUUCCACAGAGGCAAUCCUCUGAUGCGAAGUGUCCGCGCGGCCAAAAAACGAAUUCAGCACUCGAUCGGAGUCCUCCGAAGGCGUGGAAGUGUGGAAAAUGUUCGUUUUUUUUUUUCGACUAUUCGUGUAGGAUUUUGAGAUUCAUGGCAAUAGUUUUAACGAUUUAUUUACGUUUUAAGAAAAUAAUUCCAACAAAGACUUGUAACCCGAGAGGAAUUUAUAUGAUCAAUAUGUUUCCCAUUUUCGAAACCAACUAAUGAUUAUAUAAUUUAAAAAUCUUGCGUUAAAAAAAGUGUUAAAAGUUUUCUUCUCGAAAAUCAGCUCAGGAGUAGUUUUUUUUUUUCCGCUUUUUUUUUCCGCUCCACUCUAAGAGAAAAAAAGUUUAAAAUAAUUUCCGUUUUUGCGACUCGAAAGAGCUUCUCUGCGCCCUUCUCGUCUCUCGGCGACUCUCUCAUUUUUACGUGCCGUUUUCUGUUUCUUUGACCUCGUCGAUGAUGGAACAAAGACACGCAGACAAUUGAAAACUUUCAAGUCGCGGCGAAAAAAUUUUAGCUAGACUUAAAAAACUUUUUUUUUUGGAGGCUAACCUUAGUUCUGCAGAUCCUGGAUGACGUGCCAACAUCGGAAGGCGUUCGCACCUUGCCAACCCCAUCAAGACCGGCAGAAAAACCGAAAAAUGCAGUUUCCACUACGAAUAUCCCGAUUCCCGACCGAAGAGCCAUCGAAAAAGAAGACAAAGAGGCGCGGAAACGGUCCCAGACCACGAACGUCUUGGAUUCUCUGCCCCAAGUACCUCACGAGAGAAGAUCUCAGACGCCGGAGCCGUUCCGGAGACCGGCAGCAAGUGAUCAGCGCAAUCACAGGUUACUAAGUUUGGAUAGUUGGGAAAUUUAUGAAAAGAAGCUUGAUUCGUAUAAUGAUAAAGCCCAUGAGUGUAUUUUCAAGUAUAAAUAUGAAUCUGCGCCCUUAGAAAGAUCAUAUUCGAAAUAUUUCAAUUUUUUUGUUUUUAUAAAAAGUUUUACGAGGAGAUAGUUUCAUUUUUCAUUUUUCCCUGAAGAUUGUCUUUGAAGUUAAUUUUGAGCUUUGAUAAAAUUUUAAACGAAAAGGAGAUCAAAAUUGAGUUCUGAAAGUUUUUUUUGCUUGAAAAUCAAUUUCUGACGUGUCGAAUCCUUUUUACCUUCAGCGACUUCAAGAACUAACGAGUUGAAAUUUUUUAAUGAGAAAAAUCAGAAUUUUCGAAGUUUGCUGCGAAAGAUGUGUAUACAAAAGCUGAACGUGUAUAACUUUUUGCUUUAAGAUCAAAGACGCCGGAUGGAGGCCUCGGAAGAAGUUCUUGGCAAAAUGCUGCCAAGGCUGUAGAAACUCCAAAAAGCCGCCGGACCAAGACCGAACCGUCGGCGCCGCCGCUCACUCCUGAAGUCAGUCGCAAGGAAAAUAAAACUCCAGCGACUGGGAGAAAGGCACAAAAGUCGAGGCAGAACAGCGAAUCUGGUAGGGUUUUGCAAAAUUUUGGGGGUAUUUUGCGAUCAUUAAAGGUAGAAAAUGACAAGAAUGGGAUGUGUAUCAAAAGAAAAAAAAAAUCGGUAAGAAAAUUAUUUUUUAGGAGAAGCAUAAUGAUAUUUGAAUUGUGUAACUUCUAUAGCUUAUUACUUCAUUUGAAGGUGGUAUGAAAAAAACACCAGCGAAAAUUCAAACGGCGACUUUUCCGAUUUUUUCAUAUCGCUAGGGAACUUUCCGACGGCCACCUUUCCGACGAAACUUUUUUUCCGACUUUUUUUCCCUUAUGCUUUUCGGUUUAUAAAAACAUCUAUGAACAUUUUUUUCCUAUUUCUUUGUGUUUUUAAUUAUGAACAAACUACCUACUUUAUAUAGGAAGAUGUUAAACGAAGAGUUUAUCGAGAAAAAAAAGUCGGAAAAAGUUUCGUCGGAAAGGUGGCCGUCGGAAAGUUCCCUAGCGAUAUGAAAAAAUCGGAAAAGUCGCCGUUUGAUUUUUCGCCGGUGUUUUUUUCAUACCACCCAUUUGAAUGAUUCCAGAGAUUGAAGACGAGAGAAAUAGUACAGCUCAUAGUAUAUACGCGACGGCGGAAGAAAGUUUCGACCUUGAUGAGUUGAAUAAAAGAGUUGGAAAAGUGAGGAAAUGUCUUGAAGUCGAAAAUAACGGAGCUGAGCUCAGAUAAAAUUGAGCGCUCGAGGGGAAACGCCGCCAAUCGUCGACAAUGUCUUCGUGGAUGACGGCGAAAUGCGCAAAAUCAAAAGGUUAAAAAGUAGAAAAAACAUUUUAAAAAGAAACUUUUCUAGAAUGGGAAACGUCGAAUUUCGAAACGAAUUGAAAAAAGCUGGCAUUUUGGCAGGCCCGAUUUGUGUCAGGUAAAACUAGCAAAAAAAUUAACGCAUUUGAAGGGAAAUUUGCAGGACAAGACAUAUGUACGAGAAAAAGUUAUUGGAAACCAGAAGAAAAUUGAAUGAGGAAGAAGUCGUUCAGAUUCUGACUGUUGGAAAGGUUAGUUAGCGCCAAAAAAAAAUCUUGUCUUCGUUCUUUUAUUGAUAAUUUUUUAGAGAUUUUUUCGACGUUUUUCUGCGCGCUAGCUCAAAUUAAAAAAACAUUUUAGUCAAUGUUAUAUAAUAUUUUCCACAAGAUGGGAAGCCUGGGAACGAAGUAGAAACACAAAAUUAGUUUUUUGUUUUGAAAAAUUGAAUAAAAAUUUCGGUACUAUGUGAGUCCAAAACUGAGCCUGACCUCGAGCGACUUUGUCCAAUAAAACCCGAUGCGAUGACGCGCAGCUCGCUUUUUGUCGGAUGCAGGACAACGCGCAAGUCUUGGGCCUUAUUUGCGUUUCAAAUUGUGGGAAACGGGGUUUAUUGGAUCCUAAAAGGAAAUUCAUUUUUCUUUGCCGCUGGGAUUUUCCGGAGAAUUGGCCGGAGAAUUCUUUGAUCUGCCAGUAGAAGUCUCUGGAAGUCUUAACCUCCACAACUUACUAUUUUUCGAGAAAUAAAGACUCAAAGCCCUAAGAUAGCCUAGUAUAACGAGUUCUUAGGGUUUUCAUCGACUUUCAGGUUUAUUUUCUCAAAAACUAGAAAUUUGUGCAGACGGAGACUUUCUGAAUAUUUACGUCAAGGAGUUUUCUGGUCAAGUUUGAAGAAAUUCCCAACCACAAAGUGAACUGAUCUCCUUGUUAGAAAGUAUUAAAACUUCGUGGAGAAUGUUCAUUUCAAAAUGCAACUCACCAUAAAACUAGUACAGAAGCUCGCAAACCGCCGCUUUUUCCAGAAAUUCUCGAAUCAACUCGAAACUUUUAUGCGAACUGGCACGAUUCCAACGGAAAGCUGGUCCAAGGUCAAUGGACUCGAUAAAAAAGUUUGAAAAACAGGAUAAACUUGGAAAAUUCUUUUCUUUUCAAGAUCAGAAGUGAGUACGAAAAGGACGGCGUCACCUCGUUUUGUUACCUUCUCAUGGACCCGAAAAUUCUCGGAAAAUCCACUGAAAACGUGACUUUCGAAAAGUUUGUCACUUCUAUUUUCUACGUCGGGAAAGGCACCAAGGUUGGUUUUUCAUUCUUCCUGAAAGAUAUUUUCAACUUUUUUUUUUGGAAUUCGUUUUUUUAUCUUUGAAAAAAUCAAAAUAAACUAAAUUUUCAAGCUCCGCCCUCUCCAACAUUUGCAAGACGUGAAAAAGAAGCGGGAGAUCAACUCUCCCGAUUUGGUUUGAUUUAUGUGGAAGAUUGGGGGAAAAUUAACUUUUUUUCAGAUCACAAAUGAGAAAUACAAAAGGAUCGAUGAAAUCUGGACACGUGGAGAUGGCGUCGCCCGACAUGAAAUCGGUAUUUUUUGAAAAAGUUGAAUGCUAAAAUAAUAUUUUAGAUUAAUGGAUUAAUUGAUUUUCUGAGAAUAAAGGUAGAAACCAGGCUUUUCGUGGAUCAAACGGGGGAAAAUCUUCAAUUUCCUUUUUUAGGAGAACCUAAUACACUCCCUAUAGGGUCCACUAAAAUUCAAACUCCCUAUAGGACCCACUUCAGCUUUUCCAGUAAGCUAGUCAAUUUUUUGAAGGUCAUGGAAUAUCGAGCGAUGAAGCUCUGGUCCGUGAAGCGGCGCUUCUCGAUGCGAUUCGUCUCGAGAAUCUCACCAAUAUCAGGGUUUGCGCCUUUAAUUAGAGCCUUUUGAAACUGGAUUUCUCCGCUUCUUCAGGGAGGAGAUUGGCGCGGAUCUUCGAAAACCUGGAAUGCGGUCGUCAGAGCAGAAUAUGGCGUUCAUUUGUUACAGAAGUUAGUUUUUCUAUAAAUAAAUAAAUUGUGUAAUAAAAAGCUGGCUCAAAAAAUUGAAAAAAGAUGUCUUGACAAGAUUUGAAGAGUAUAAGGCUUAGUUGGCAGAGAGGACAAACAUUUAGACGUAUUUUCAGGCCCGAGCUAUUUUUGAAUAGGCUAUAUUAUACGUGAUUUAAAAAAAUUGUUUGAACUGCAAAGGUUUUUUCAGCGCCCUGACAACAUUAAAGGCCGAAGGUAUACGGUUGGUUCACGAGGAUACGGUACCCGAGAUGACGUAUCCGCCCAAUGUCAACGUCCGUCGUGGACCCAGAACUCCCAAAUAA